AUGCGGGGCCAUGCGGAACCAGGCGGGGCCAUGAGGGGCCAUGCGGGGCCAUGCGGAACCAGGCGGAGCCAUGCGGGGCCAUGCGGGGCCAUGCGGAGCCAGGCGGAGCCAUGCGGAGCCAUGAGGAGCCAUGAGGAGCCAUGCGGAGCCAUGCAGAGCCAUGAGGAGCCAUGCGGAGCCAUGCGGAGCCAUGAGGAGCCAUGCGGAGCCAGGCGGGGCCAUGCGGGGCCAUGCGGGGCCAUGCGGGGCCAUGAGGGGCCAUGCGGGGCCAUGCGGGGCCAUGCGGAGCCAUGCGGAGCCAUGCGGGGCCAUGCGGAACCAGGCGGGGCCAUGAGGGGCCAUGCGGGGCCAUGCGGAGCCAUGCGGGGCCAUGCGGGGCCACGCGGGGCCAUGCGGGGCCAUGAGGGGCCAUGCGGGGCCAUGCGGGGCCAUGCGGAGCCAUGCGGAGCCAUGCGGGGCCAUGCGGAACCAGGCGGGGCCAUGAGGGGCCAUGCGGGGCCAUGCGGGGCCAUGCGGAGCCAGGCGGAACCAGGCGGGGCCAUGCGGAGCCAGGCGGGGCCAUGCGGAACCAGGCGGGGCCAUGCGGAACCAGGCGGGGCCAUGAGGGGCCAUGCGGAGCCAUGCGGGGCCAUGCGGAACCAGGCGGGGCCAUGCGGGGCCAUGCGGAACCAUGCGGGGCCAUGCGGGGCCAUGCGGGGCCAUGCGGAGCCAGGCGGAGCCAUGCGGAGCAGGUCUGCUGCUCCGCAUGGCUCUGCUGGCUGGCUGACGGUGUGUCUGUUGGUGGUGUCGUGUCGGGUUGGAUGA